AUGGCCGUAAUAAAAUUGUUAGAGCCUUAUUCUGAGUCUGCCAUCCCUAUAUGGUCGUCGAAUGGAUGUACGGCGUUGCAGCGUGCGGCUGCGGACGGGCACAUCGACGUGGUGCAACUGUUGCUGCAACACGGUGCUGAUCCGAACAAACAAGACAAUGUGCACGGCAACACAGCAGCACACGAAGCGGCGUGGAAGGGGUACUCGCGUGUGGUGGCGCUACUGGCGCGCGCCGGCGCAGAGCUGCGCGCGCGCAACGCCGCAGGCUUCGCGCCACUCCACCUUGCCUGCCAGAACGGGCACAACCAGUCCUGCCGGGAGAUACUGUUGGCAGGAGCACCACCCGAUUUGCAGAACAAUUACGGCGAUACCUCCCUCCACACAGCAGCCCGAUACGGUCAUGCUGGCGUCACUCGUAUUCUUAUCUCAGCCCAGUGCAAGGUGUCCGAGCAAAACAAAAACGGGGACACGGCUCUCCACAUUGCCGCGGCUAUGGGUCGGCGAAAACUGACUCGGAUACUCCUCGAGGCCGGAUGCGAUAAAUCCAUACGCAACCAUCAGGGUGAAACAGCCAGAGACAUUGCUACCAGAAAGGGCCUCGAGGAAAUAAUUAACAUUUUGAAUACUCCCGUUGCGAAGCAACCUAAAAAGAAGCAUAGAGAUAAAAGCAAAGAUAGAGCUCUAGAUGAACCUGAUGAAGGAAAGAAAAAGGAGAAAGGCAAAGAAAAGGAUAAAAAUAAAAUCAAGAAGAACGUGCACUUUGAGACUCCGGCACAAGUUCAGUGGUCGCCAUACGGUUGUCACUACUAUCCUGAUCCAAAAUUUUUUCCGAAGCCAAAACUAAGCUCGUUACCCACCGAACCACUAAAAAAAGGCGAGCAGUAUUAUCUAGAUUUGGCAGGAAAUAUUAAGAAGGGUCCAAUAGGCGCAGGUUACACUUGCUACUGUGCGCCAUUCUUCAAACACAUGGAAGAUAAACUAAAUGAAGAUAAAAAAGACUUAAAGAAGCAUAUUGAUAGAGCACAUGAGAGGCUAGACCAAAAGGUAACAGACCUAGAAAUGAAAACGCAGGGACAAAUAUCAGAGCUCACUAGAUUCGUUGCAGCUGAAAGGGCUUUGUGUAAAGAAAGGCACAAACAUUUAGAGCAUUGGUUGACGCGAGGUAUGAUGUUCAGACAAUCGGAAAGAGUAAAGAAAUUAGACUUCAGCCCUAAGGGAUCCCUAGAUAUACCUCCACUGAAAAGAACUAGAAGCUUAGAAUUGCUGGAUGCAGAUACUACAGAAUGGAAUAAAGUGCAUAGGAUAAUAAAAAGUUUUAAUAAAGACUCUGAACAAUACGAGAGUCAUGCCAAAGACCUAAACGACAGCAAAGCUACCUCAAAAAGCACAGAAAUCCUGGAUAGCAAACGGUCACCCAGUCCUAGACGGAGAUAUCAAAUCAAGAAUUCUAAAAGUAGUGAUGAAUUAGAUGCUGGUCCAAGCAGGUUAUCAGUACCACUAUUUUCGAAGCCACCAGUACAUCCACAUCAUGAAAGUCAUCAACAAAAUGUGACCGCAGAAAUUCAUGUAAAAGCAAAUAAAAUGUCGGUAUGUCAAUCACCUAUGUCAAUGGAGGUGGAAAGUUAUAAUCAGAGAUACGCGUGUCCUAGUCGACAGUCAGAAGCAAAGUCACCCAGUAGUAGUCAUAAACAAACCAGUGACUUCGAAGAAGAUGUCAAAAGUCCAAAGGAUCAGAACGUGCCUAAAUGGAAAAGUCAAGUACUGCAAAGAACAGCAGAUGAUAUUAAGAAACGCGUAGCUCUUGAGAAAGAGAUGUCUGAAGUGUUGGUUAGAAAUAAAUCUCUAGAAAUUUCCCAAGACGGCUAUGUAAAACUAAGGAAACAAUGUCCGUAUCAAGGUAAAGAUGAUCCACAAAGGGAGCAGAGAAAAUCAGUUCAAGAAUUAGUAGCACAAGCAGAAAGGCAACAAAGUACAUCUCCUGAAUCUAUUCCUAGAAAUCUGCAGCAACCCACCGAAAUCGUUGAACCUUCAACUAGUCAGCACCCUGGUAUUCUAAAAAUGCCACAGCAACCCCAAAGACCAGCACCAGUUCUAAAAGAAAAGCCACCGAAAAGCAAACGUUUCAGCUUGCAUAAUUUAAUACCGUUUCCAACGAGAAAAACCUUUCAAAACCCGCCAAAGGACAAUGGGAAUAACUCGGAAAGCAGUGACGAGGAAGACAAUCCAAUAAGAAGUUCCAUGCAACCGGGACCAAUGAAGAACACCAAUUUGCUUCAAACACUGCCAAUGCCUAACUUUGAAACAGUGUCAAAGUCACCGUCGCCAGCGCAAAUGUCUACACAAAAUCCGUAUCCCCAUAAUUUACGACCUAUGAUACCUAAGGAUGCCUAUUUCCACGAGAUUCCUAACAGACAAAUGCCCUAUUUAGAUAGUGGUUUGCCAGUCCCUCAGUACUCAUGUUCUCAAUAUGACUACAACCAGCCAGGACUACCUAAUCAAAUACAAGGUCGAAACAGAAAUCCUUUAUACCAUCAUCAGACUGGAGUAUUCGACGCGAUGAUGCAGGAUCAUAUCAUGAGAGAGAUGGAACGCAUACCGCACUGCUACAGCGAUCAUUUAGACCAAAACACUGAAGUUGAAAUCGCAAAUCAGAAUGACUACCGGCUAUGCUACGACCCAAUGUACCCGAAUUUUAGGGGAAAUCCGCAUGGAAUGACCAGAAAACCGAAUCCUGACCAUAGUUUACUACACAGUCGGUUACAAUCGUUGGCGAUUAACACCCAUCUGGCUGAAACCCAAAGUCAGGCAGACAGGGAGUCCCACAACGAUUCUGGAUACAGUACGAAAGUGUAUGGGAGCUCGCAGGGGCCAUCGCCAAGUUUGUCAGGUCAUGCGGAUGGUUCAGAUAACAUAUCCGGGCAGAGAGUUAAUGUUAUGCCGAAUGGGAAGCCCAUGGGUGGUCAGAUUGGAGCUUCUAGUUUAGUGUAA